AUGACAAGAGGGAUUUGGGCUGUUGUCGUCAUGGCAACUUCAGGCUACACCGCUGAGGAGCUUCCGCCCUCCCAAUCACAAGGGGGCAACGUCACGACGUCCUCGUCGACCCAGCAGAAAGCCACUUCCACGUCCCAGUUCCUCUCCGACAUCCAGAGCUCGCCGGGAUCCGCUCCUGCACAGACGGCCUCGAUCAUAAGAGCACAGGCCACACCCCUUGUCACUCAAAAGAAAGUGGUUUUGACCACGCCCCCUCAAGGAGCCGUGUCAGGAGAGAUACAAAGCUCCGCCUCCCAGGCAGGAAACGGCCAGAGCGCCCAGCAGUACAUAGUGGUGACUGUUACCGAGGGCUCUCUUCACUCCAAUGACUCUGAGUCGAAUUCUCCUCCCGCGGGACAGACUGGUGUACCCACACAGGUAGUGCAGCAGGUGCAGACAGCACAGCAGAGGUCAGUGGUUCAGGCCACAACCAAGAGUCAAAGUGGACAACUGGGUGUCAGCAACCUACACAUCACACCUGAGGUUCCUGUACAGCAUGUUUACCCGAGCCAGUUUGUGGAGGGAGACGCCAACUACAACAAUACUGCAAUUCGUUCCAGUAGUUACCAGUUCACAGACCCUUCCCUCUACUCUCAGGCCACGCCCUCUGUCACUUACUAUGAGACGUCGCCCACCACCGGCUCACAGGUCACGUCCCCCGCCAGCGCUCAGCCUGUGUCUGUGACGUCCGGGAUGGGCACAGGGGUGGUCUCCAUGUUCUCAGAGGGCAGUUCGGGGAUCACUGUGGUGGCUGGCGGGUCUUCGUCAGGAGUGGGCGGGACAGGAGGCGUGGUUACCAGUGGAGGGUUGGGAAGUUACGUGAUUCAGGGCGGGUACAUGCUCGACGGAGUGAACCAGAAUUUCUCACACAACACACGCGCAUCACCUGCGACUGUGCAGUGGCUGAUGGAUAACUAUGAGACAGCUGAAGGUGUGAGUCUUCCUCGCUGUACUCUCUACUGUCAUUACCUCCUGCACUGCCAGCAGACCAAGCUGGAACCUGUGAACGCCGCCUCCUUUGGCAAACUCAUCCGCUCCGUGUUCAUGGGCCUCAGGACAAGACGUCUCGGCACCAGAGGGAACUCUAAGUACCAUUACUAUGGCCUUCGAAUCAAGAGCAACUCCCCCCUGCACAGACUGGUGGAGGACCAGCAACACCUGGCCAUGAGACAACAGCCGUACUCACAGAAACAGAGGAUAAAGACUGUGCCGAAGGUGGAGGGACUGACCAAUGGAAUGGGACUGGGGGUGGGGCAUCAACAAGGGGCGGGGCUGUCUGACAUCAGCGCCCAGGUUCACCAGUAUCAGCAGUUUUUGGAUGCGUCUCGCUGUCUGGCAGAGUUCCCUGACCUCAAAGAGGAGGAUAAACCUCUGCCGGAUGGACUCCUUCCUCAACACGUACUCUCAUAUCAGCUGGUCUACAGAGAGCACUGUGAGGCAAUUCUGGACGUGAUGGUAAACCUGCAGUUCCCUCUUGUGGAGACGCUUUGGAAGAGUUUCUGGAGGUUCAGUGAAGGUCAAAGCGGUGACACGGAUACACUCGGCCUUCAUGAGGAUUCAGAGAAGUGUUUGCCCAAGUCAGUUCUGGUUCUGUUGUGUAAAUAUGAGCCCAUCCUGCACUGGACCCGUGAAUGCGACAACUUACUGUAUCAAAGCCUAGUGGAGAUCCUCAUCCCUGAUGUCCUGAGACCCAUCCCCAGUGCCUUAACUCAAGCCAUCCGUAACUUUGCUAAGAGUCUGGAGAACUGGCUGAGCAACGCCAUGAUUAACAUCCCGGAGGAGAUGGUCCGCAUCAAGAUUGUGUGUGCGGGAGCGUUCGCUCAGACUCUGCGGCGCUACACAUCUCUCAAUCAUCUGGCUCAGGCGGCCCGUGCCGUCCUGCAGAACACGGCUCAGAUCACACAGAUGCUCAGCGACCUCAACCGUGUCGAUUUCACCAAUGUACAGGAGCAGGCCUCAUGGGUGUGUGGCUGUGAAGAUGGUGUAGUCCAGCAGCUGGAGCAGGACUUUAAACUCACCCUGCAGCAGCAGAACUCUCUGGAGCAGUGGGCCGUAUGGCUGGACGGGGUCGUCUCGCAGGUCCUGAAGCCAUACACUGGCAGCCCGGCAUUCCCCAAAGUGGCCAAACUCUUCCUGCUCAAAUGGAGCUUCUACAGUUCUGUGGUCAUCAGAGAUCUGACCCUGCGCAGUGCCGCCAGUUUCGGCUCAUUUCAUCUGAUCAGACUGCUGUAUGACGAGUACAUGUAUUACCUGAUCGAGCACAGAGUCGCACAGGCCAAAGGAGAGACGCCCAUCUCUGUCAUGGGAGAGUUUGCCUGUCUGAACAGAAGUCAAAGGUCAAUGGAUCCUGAUAAAGAUGAGGAGGAUGAGGAGGAGGACGACGAGACCGAUGAGGAUCAGGACAUGGCCAUCCCUGUGGUUGUGGCGGAGGAGUCACUGGAGCCGCCCACCAAACUCGCCAGAACAGAGCUCUUCAACAACAGCAGCAGCAACACACCAAACUAACACACAGUCAUUUCUGCUUCAUCCGCUCAGACUGAUGUACAUUCACACUGACACUGCUAGUCUGUGGAAGCAAUGACUGUAUAUGCUGAACUCAUUUCUCUGAGAGCCAGUUUGGGAUUGAAUUACAAUCUUCAGUUUGCUAAUUAUUAGAGGAAGUUUUUUCCUGUAAACACAGAGAAACGGCAAUCAUUUGAGUUUCCCGAGAUGAAACCGCCCUCAGAGCUGCUGUAUGAUCUGAUGAGGCUUUUCUAGUGAACGGUGACAUUCAUAUGCCUUAAUUAAACACGCACACAUAUUUUCAUUGCUUUCCCUUUCUCAAAGCUGCCAUGUGUGUCAUGUGUCUCGGCUCUUAAAGUUACAGUUCACCCAAAAGUGAAAGUAUUCACCCUCAUGUCAUUCCAAAGUCAUCUGUCUCCAA